GCUCCUCAGAUGUAUCAGUACACCAUGUCAGCUGUGAACCAGGGCAAAUACCCCAGAGCCAAAGGCCCGGUGGUGGGACAGCGUCCGGACCAUCACCCGUCCUCAGCGUCCCCGAUGAUGUCAGCUGCAGCCUCGGCAGCAGGCCCCCCGCUGGUGGCGUCCCCGUACCCCCAGUCCUACCUGCAGUACGGUCAGGUGAUCCAGGCCAUGCCCCCCCACUACCACGGACAGGUACCGAGGCAGAACACUGUCACUGUGGAUUUAAAGGCAGUUUACUCGAUGCUGCAGGGGGGCGCCAGGAUGCUGACGUCCGGGGCUCCUCAGCAGAUGGGUCCUCCUGGCCACCAGUACCACGGCCAGGCUGAGGGCCAGCCGGGGCCCCAGCAGGCCAUGUAUGCUCAGUCGUUUUCUCACCACUCGGGCCCCAUGCAUCAUCCUCAGCCCUCCAGCACCCCCACUGGGAAUCAGCCCCCACCCCAGCACACAGCGCCCAGUCCAGGACACACUCAGUCGAGUCAGGCCGGUCCUCAGCCUCAGUCCAUGUUCCACUCUGGAGGUUUGUCUGCUCCCACUCCUCCGAACCUGCAGCCGGGCCACAGCUCCCCGCAGGCCACCUACACCAUGCAGGGGUACAGCCUCCCCACCCACCAGCCGCUGCCCCACGGCUUCCCCUCCAUCGGCCAGCUCACACAGGCUCACAUGUCGGGACCUCACCACUCUGCCGGUCACGGACUGCCGCCCGUCAUGCUGCACUACGUCUCCCCUCAGCAGGCCGGCGGAUCCAACCCCCAGCAGGGGGCGCCACAACACUUCUACAUCGGACCCCCACAAGCUGUUCAGGUCCAGGCUCACCCCUCCCAGCAGCUGUCCUUCCACCCGUCUGCAAACUGAACUCGUCACAGCUGGACUCAGGAGCGAGGAAGACGAGCCCCCCCACCCCGACUCAAACAACUUGUAACAUUCCCACCUCCUGACACCAGACUAACACGUCCUCCUUUUUACCCACAUCUUUAGACAGAAACGGCUAACACGGUAACGUUUCUGGAUUUAAAAAUGUAAAUACAAACUGUUUUCACACCUGAACACGAAGCUGGACUGACGACGAUGACUGGUGGAAAACUUUUGGACCGACGACAGUGGAAACAGUUUUUCUCCCCGUCCCACCUCUGUCCUUUUCCAGACAAAACCAGUUCAUUAAUAAUAAAACCACUGAAAACAAACAACAAA